AUCAUGCAGCUGGGAGCGCAGGCAAUAUCAAGCAGGGAGGUGAUGUGCACGCGUGACUCCAUCGAUAUCAUGAUGCGUUUCGACGAGUCGUUCGGCGGGCAGCUGUACGCGAAGAACUUCUAUGAUAGGACGGCGUGUCGCACGGGAGGGUCACGACAGCGGCGCCUGCAGCUGAGCAUCUCACAUAACUCAUGCGGUGUCAUCAACGACAUCGAUCUUAACACCUACGAGGUGACGUUGGUCGUACAGAAUCAUCCUGACGUCAUCCUCGACGGUGACGUAUCCUAUCGCGUGACGUGUGAGUACGACAACCAGGGCGACUCCGUCACUCUCGAUGUCUCUUUAGACGCAAAUGAGCUACCGGUGGACCCUAUUGUGCGGACGUCGUUCACACCGACGCUGGCACUGAAGAUACUACCCGGUGACAUCACCAGGUCGGAUCCCGUCUCUGUCGUCGAAGUCGGUGACGAUCUCAACCUUGUCAUUGAAAUGCUCAACACAG